GCAAUGGCAUUCUCGCUCCUCGCGGGCGCUAUCUCGCUCCUCGCGGGCGCCCGCGCACCGCGCGUGAUAUGCUCAUCGGCCAGCGCCGCGGCCGCGCCGCCCGCACCCGCCUUCGCGCCGCUGCAGAACGACCUGAUGAUCCGCGCCGCACGCGGCGAGGAGGUCGAGCAGACGCCGGUGUGGCUCUUCCGCCAGGCUGGCCGGCACCUGCCCGAGUACACCGAGUACAAGCAGACCAAGGGCAAGAACUUUCUGCAGCUGCUGCAGAGCCCUGAGGACGUGGCCGAGUGCACGCUCCAGCCCGUGCGGCGCUACCCCAUUGACGCCGCCAUUCUCUUUUCCGACAUCCUCGUCGUCGCCGAGGCGUUCGGCGUCGAGGUGACGAUGCCGGGCGGCGUGGGGAUCCAGGUGCCGGGCCACCUGACCGGGCCCGACGACCUCGACCGGCUCACCAUCCCCGACGGCGAGGCGGCAGCGGCGGCCCUCGUGCGCGAGAGGCUGUCGCACGUGACCGAGGCGGUGACGCUGAUCCGGACCGAACUCGCGGGCAAGGUGCCGCUGAUCGGCUUCUCGGCGGCGCCGUGGACGCUCUUCUACUACAUGGUGGGCGGCUCCUCCAAGAAGAACCAGGAGGCGGGCGAGCGCUGGCUGCGCGACCACCCCGUGGAGUCGCAGCGGCUGCUCGACGCACUCUGCUCGGUCGUCAUCGAGUACAUGAGCGCGCAGGUGGCGGCGGGGGCGCAGCUGCUGCAGGUCUUCGAGGCGAUGGGCAUGUUCGUCUCCGAGGAGAGCUUCGCCGCCGCCUGCCUGCCCAGCCUGCGCCGCAUCGCAACGGAGAUGAAGGCGCGCCACCCCGAGGUGCCGCUGCUCGUCUUCCCGCGCGGCGCCGCCUACUCCCUCUCCGACCUGAGGGAGGCCGGCUACGACGUCCUCACCCUCGACGCCUCCGCCGACCGCGACACGGUCCGCGCGGAGCAGCCGGGCGUCUGCCUGCAGGGCAACUUCGACCCGGCGCUGCUCGUGAGCGGCACCGAGGAGAGCGUGCGCGCCGAGGCGCAGGCCAUGCUGCGCAAGCUGGGCGGCCAGAAGCUCAUCGCCAACCUGUGCGAGGGCCUCGGCGGCAAGGAGAAGCCCGAGCUCGUCCGCGCCUUUGUCGACGCCGUGCACGAGUACCGCGACUGAUGAGGGGGGGAAGGGGUGCGGGUUGGUGGAAUGUGGGGGGUAGACGCUCUGAAGGCGAAAAUUUCGCCCC